AUGCAGUAUCCGUAUUUGAUAUCCAGAGUGAUUGAUCCGAUCUUCGGCAUCGGAAUGGGUGUGGCCUCCUACUACUUGUACGAAAAGAGACACGGUAGAGAAGAGGGCCAUUACUUGAACCAGUUGAUUGCGCAGAAGUUCAGAGGCAGCAAGUGA